UGUUGUGCAUCUGAUGGAAACUAAGGCCACCGAGACCGCUGCAGCUUCAGCCGCCUUGGUUGAGGCAGGAAUGACACAUUCAAGUGAGGCAAUCUCUAGAAAACAAAAAUUUGAGGAAGAGGCCCAACACCUUGCCGUACCGAUUGAUGGCGUUGAACUUGCUGCACCGAUUGACGAUGUUGACCUUACUGCAUGGAUUGAUAAUGUAGCAUACACAGGGGGGGAACUAGUUGUGGAUUUGAGGCCACUUCAUCUACGCGUCACGGAGCAUGUAAUGGCUGCUGAAGCCGAUAACUUGGUUGGAACUGUUAUAGAUGGCGUGUCUCUGAUGGAACCCAAGGCAGCAGAGACUACUGCACCUUCAGCCAACUUUGCUGAGGAAAAGACACCUUCAAGUGAGGCAGUCUGUAGAGAACAAAGAUGUGAGGAAGAGGUGCAACUGGAGUGUCUGCAAGAGAUUCUGCCACUACUUCAGACGAGUGCCGAUGAGAAGGUGGACUUGGAUGCUCUAUUUAAUCAUGCUGCAAAUAGGAGUAAUAUUGUCACGGACCAGCCUAAUGCACCUAAGAUGAUGUCGCUGAAGGCGAUCAUGGAACAAGGACCUGAGCAUCAGCGGGAGCAAGUCAGGAGAUCAAAGCGCGAGCGUCAACUGAACGCUCGUUUCAGCGGUCCAGAUUGGUCCACGUAGGUCGAUCCAACGGCGCCAGGACUCGGUCGCGUCAUCACCUGGAGCCAGCUAUUGGGAAUCACCUUCCUGAUCUUCUGCUAAUAGGCCUUGAAACCAAACUUGUCCGUUGCUGCUUUUGAAGCCAGUUGUAGUCGCAGCGGUGCUGACGGUCUCUUUCCCACUUUUGCUUCUCUCCCUCGAACCCCUCGCUUCUACUCCUAGAUCCCCUGCUACUUGCAACAUGUAUCCGAA